UAAUCCUCCGCUGGACUCUUCCUCUCGUCCGAUCUCUCCUUCUGCCUUUUUCUUUUCCCGGUGUAAGCGUGUGCGCCUUUCACUGUUUUGGCUUCAUCUCCCGCUCUUUCUUCGCCACCUGCUCCGGCGAUGUGCUGGAACCAACAAAGCACCAUGGUGCCGGUCGAGCAGCGGUAGGCGGAGGAGAUGGGCUGGGCGGCCAGGUGGCUGCGCGGGCUGCUCGGCGGCGGCAAGAAGGCGGCCGAGCCGAAGCCGGUGAAGGAAAAGAAGCGCUGGGGGUUCGGGAAGUCCUUCCGGGAGAAGGCGCCUCCGGUGCAGCAACCGGUGACGCCACGCCGGGGUUACCCGGCGCCGGAUGAGGUGGACAACGAGCAGAGCAAGCGUGCCAUUGCGGUGGCCGCGGCGACGGCGGCGGUGGCCGAGGCCGCCGUCGCCGCGGCGCAGGCUGCCGCUGCCGUGGUGCGGCUGACCAGCAGCGGUCGGUGCGUGCCGGCCGUCGCGAAGCGGGAGGAGUGGGCGGCUGUUCGGAUCCAGGCCGCUUUCCGUGGCUAUCUGGCGAGGCGGGCACUGAAGGCGUUGCGGGGGCUGGUGAAGCUGCAGGCGCUGGUCCGAGGCAACAUUGUCCGGCGGCAAGCGGCCGAGACGCUGCGGUGCAUGCACGCGCUCGUCCGCGUCCAAGCGCGCGCGCGCUCCUGCCGCGCAAUUCACUCGCAGCAGGUCGCGGCUCACCCGGAUCCGUCAACGCCGGAAAAGUACGAUCAGGCGGCUCACUAUGGUGCGCCCAGGCACGGCCGUUCAGGCUCUCUAAAGGGGAACUCUUCGAAGACACCGGGCGGUGAGAGGCUGGGCAGGGAAAGAUCAGAAUCUUGCGGAAGGAAUUUGCUGGACCGGUGGGUGGAGGAGAGGUACAUGGACGACGAGAAGAACGCCAAGAUCCUUGAGGUGGACACCGGCAAGCCAGGGCGGUAUACUUCCAAGAGGCGCGGCGGCGGUGGCAAGCACCAGCAGUCGCCGUCCUCGACGAUGACGUCUGACCAGAACAGCCGGAGCUUUGCGACCAUGCCGGAGUCGCCGUCCAAGGACUCCACGACCGCGCAGCAGUCCGUGCCGAGCCCAUCGUCCGUGGGCAUGGGCGAGGCCCUCAGCCCGUUGCGCAUGCCCGUGGACAUCGUCGAGCUCUGCGACAGCCCGCAGUUCUUCUCGGCGACGUCGCGGCCAGGGAGCUCGAGGAGGGGACUGUUAACGCCGACCAAGAGCGAGUGCUCCCGAAGCCUAUUCGGGGGCUACUCCGACUACCCGAACUACAUGGCGAACACGGAGUCGUUCCGUGCCAAGGCGCGUUCCCAGAGCGCGCCGAAGCAGAGGCCGCAGUUCGAGAAGUCCAGCUCUCUCCGCAAGGCGUCGGCACACGCCUUCGCACUUGGGCCAUUGGCGCCGACGGCCGCCGCGGCACAGAGGUCGGCUUCCUUGCAUGCCAAGUUCACCAACAAGGCGUACCCAGGCUCUGGCAGGUUGGAUCGACUUGGCAUGCCUGUCAAGUACUGAUCCUACCAAAUUUGCAAACAAGGCUUCAGGAUAAAAAGGCGCUGCUCCUCAAGUGAUGAAUGUCUAAGCAAGGUUGAAGUAAAUUUAGUAAUGGUCGUUAGGUUUUGUGCCUUCGUGGUGCUAUUACCGUCACAGUUUUUGUUUCCUGCUUUUGUUUUGAGUAGCGAAGUGUAAUUUGCUAGUCUGCUGUAAUACUAUGUGUGCGUUAACAGUUUAACUGCUAACAACUCCUGCCUACAUUUUCAUGAUA